CGCCCUCACCCUCCCGCUGUCUCAUUGCUUCUGGUCGUAGGUACAUCCCGGUGACCCCUUUAAGUUCGUUCUAAGUCUAACCGACCCCAAACACCGCAAACAUGAGCAGGAAAUUCUUCGUCGGGGGAAACUGGAAGAUGAAUGGCGACAAGAAGAGCCUGGGCGAGCUCAUCCAGACCCUUAACACCGCCAAGCUGGACGCCAAUGUCGAGGUUGUGUGCGGAUCACCAGCCAUCUACCUGGAUUUUGUCAGAUCCAAGAUGGACGCCAAGCUUGGUGUGGCUGCUCAGAACUGCUACAAAGUGGCCAAGGGUGCCUUCACUGGGGAGAUUAGCCCUGCGAUGAUCAAGGAUGUUGGAGUGAACUGGGUGAUCCUGGGACACUCUGAGCGACGUCACGUGUUCGGAGAGAGCGAUGAGCUCAUUGGCCAGAAGACGGCCCACGCUCUGGAGAACGGCCUGGGUGUGAUUGCCUGCAUCGGGGAAAAGCUGGACGAGAGGGAGGCUGGCAUCACAGAGAAGGUUGUGUUUGCUCAGACCAAAGUCAUCGCAGACAAUGUCAAGGACUGGAGCAAGGUUGUGCUCGCCUAUGAGCCCGUGUGGGCCAUCGGAACCGGCAAGACCGCCUCCCCUGCACAGGCUCAGGAGGUCCAUGACAAACUGAGGGCGUGGAUGAAGACCAACGUGUCGGAGGCAGUGGCUAACUCUGUCAGGAUCAUCUAUGGAGGCUCCGUGACCGGCAGCACCUGCAAGGAGCUGGCCUCCCAGAAGGACGUUGAUGGCUUCCUCGUGGGCGGAGCUUCCCUUAAGGCCGAGUUUGUUGAGAUCAUCAAUGCCAACGUCUAGACUUCCAAACACGGCUUCGGCGGUUUGACCAACUCCAGACGAGAGGCCUAUUCCUUUCAGAAUAACCAUGUUUCAGUCCCUUUUCACUUAACACCACCUUCUCCUCACCCUUUAUACUACUAAGUGUUUGUGAUGUCAUUCCCGCCAGUUUUGGUUUAGGUAUUUUGUUGUUAAUAUAAGGGGCAGGUGGAAACAUGCACUGUAAUGCACUGGAGAAAACAAUUGGUUUGGUCUAACGAAAGUGCACUUGUGCAUGAUAAAUACCAGGCUCAGGCAAUAGCUUUGCACCCAAAAAUUAGACCUUAAUGCAAAACGUCAAUUAUGCUACUUGAAAAGUUUACGGACUUGGUUACAGUGUCAGAGCUGUUGUCAAUCUGAUUUGAUUUGAUUGUGAUGCUCUAUGUGUUUUCUUUUCUUCUCGUAUACGUUAGAUGUCCCCCUCCCGUAUGGGAUGUGUGGCCAAGAGGGAGGUUUCCCAUAAUGUCAAUCAUAUUGUAUUACGGCCCUUGAUGUAGAAGGGGAAGACUGAGAACAUUGUAAUAAACAGUUAAGAGACUGGU